AGCUCCAAGUAUUGGUGCGCAUGCGCGGUGAUUUUGUUCCCGGAAGUACGCGCACAUGUCCUGCUGAAACAACCUUGGAAAACAUUUUGCUUGUCAAGCCAACAAACCCUAACGAGGAUGCCAGUGACGAGACUGCUAUAUCCUUUCUACCAGCUGGGUAACCCGCAGCUGAGACUCUUCAGACCCAACUGGUUCUUGACGCUGGUGAGGCCUGGAAAAGAGCAGCCUCCUGACACUGUCCAGUUCCGCGUCCCGAUGGAGAUGACAAAGUAUGAUGUCAAAAACUACCUGGAGAAGAUAUAUAAUGUUCCAGUGGGAGACGUCCGCACCAGGAUACAGUUUGGUUCCAACAAGAAGAGGAAUCACCUUAACCAGAGGGUGAAGCAGCCGGACUAUAAAGUAGCAUAUGUUCAGCUGACUUUGCAUUUCAGUCUCAAGGCCAGACGUUCGGCUUUCCUGAUAUCUUCCCAGCAAAGACCGGCACGCCAGCAGAGGGUUCCAUGGAGGAGAUUCAGGAGAAGUUCAUGGAGGACGAAAAGCAGAGGCAGAAACCUGACCCGAGGAGAGGAGGGGUCACGGAGUGGUUCGGACUCUGAGGCGGCUCACCUACUAGGGACUCUCUGUCUGUGUGUGUGUGUGUGGGUCGGAGGCUGUUUCAUUGGGAGAAAUACAUUGAAGAAGCGACUGUUGGGAUGUCGCUUCUACUCUUUUUCUGCAUACAUAGCUCACAAGCGCACAGGCCUCUUCGUGUGUGUACGACAUUUUUUUGGGAGACCGGUAGCUGGAGCCAGAACAGAAUCCCCCGGAGGAGGCAAAUGUGUUUCAUGAAACUGUCCCGCCCUACAGAACCUCACUCACCUCCGAUGACCUUCUCUCUUGCCUCCUCCUUUUGGGCCACAUUUGUUCUCCCCAAAAAUCACGUUUGCUCAGAAGUCUCAUUUUAUGUCAAUAAUAAAUGUGAAAAAAAAGACUUAA